AUUUAUCUUUAUUAGUACAAGUAGUAGGCCUAUACAUGUUGAUGUACAUUGUAUGAUGGCUGUCAUGUAGUUUAUGAAAAUCGAUCAACUUUUAUUGUGUUUUGAUAGUUUUAUCAGUUGAACAAUCAGAAGUGACAGCUGUUCGAAUAAUAACGAUUCGACCCACAUAGAAAAUAAUUGAUUAUUGUAAUCAUUGAAUAAUUAUGAACAUUAUUUUAACUUUACACUCUAUCAAAAGAUAUAUUUUGAAACCAAAUAACCGGUACACGAAGGCCGAAACACGCAUACAUUAUGUAUAAAGACUUGCUACAAAUAGAAAAAUUUCAAGACUUCAAAAUCAUCUCAGUCUAAUUGUGGUCGGUGUUGGUACAUGUAACCUACGUGAUUUAAGUAUUCGUCUUCUGUUACAAUAAUGGCCACUCUCGCUAGUGACAGAGUUAUUUUUCCAGAGUUAGAAUCUUUCAGUGUUGUGGAGGAUUGGGAUUGCUCAUUUUGGGAUGAUGUAAACGCCGAUUUAGACAUUCUAUCAGAUGAUAUAUUCAGCACCUUACUGAAUGGUUCUGUUUUAAACAGUGCAGAAGAAACCGCAGUCGAUAAAUCGGUUGCUAAACAAGUACAAGCUGACCAUGAUUACUUUGCUCAAAAAUCCCCGGGAAAUAACAGUGACAGUGGAAUAUCUUUAGAAUCCAUGGGUGAUUCUCCACGUGGUUCUUCUGGUGACCAAUCAGAGGUGAUGCUGAUCGAAGAACAGCUCUCUAGAUCGCCCGUUUCCCAGCAUUCCCCUUCUAAUUCUGUUGUUAUGGACUAUGAUUUCUCACCAUUUGGUUUGGAGGAUAUUAAUUUAAAGGACAUUAAUGUGAAUUUUAAUGGAGUAAAUUCUUCAGGUUACAUUGAGAAUUUUGAUUUUCAACCAACAAGCAGCACAUCAGAUGGAAAGGAUACAGUUUCCAUUGAUUUUAAUGAUUUACCUUUAACAUCCGUGUGUUCUACUACACCCAGCAGCUCAGCUAUAGAUGUUGACACAUGUCCAACAACUAAAACAGUACAGAUACAUACUUAUCAUACAACAUCAUCAUCGUCUGAUAGUCUACCUUUUACUAUGAAAGAUGUUAGUCCAGAGGUCACAAGUUCUUCAUUAUCUCAGUUUCCAUUAUUAAGACUAACAGAUGAAGAAAAGGAAUUAUUAUCCCGAGAAAAUAUUACACUACCUACAAAUAUGCCACUCACGAAAGAGGAAGAAAAACAGUUAAGAUCCAUUCGUCGAAAAAUACGAAACAAAGUCUCAGCUAAAGAGAGUCGUAAACGAAAAGGAGAAUACGUCGAAGGCCUGGAACAAAGAGUGAAGCUAUGUACAGUGGAGAACUCACAAUUACAGAAAAAAAUUGAAAACCUGGAAAAACAAAAUAUAUCAAUGAUGUCCCAGUUGAAGAAACUUCAGGCUCUUAUUACUUCUAAAACAAAACCCGCUCAAACGACAACUUGUAUUAUGGUUUUAUUAUUAUCAUUUGCGCUUUUGGUGGUGCCAAACUUCAGUCCUCUUGGAAGCAGAUCAUUAUCAUCCGAACAUCCUAAAAGUAUUGUUAUGCCAGGUAAAUCAAGAAGUUUGUUAUUUAAUUCUGAAUCUGAAGCCACAGAUGAUGAUCCGUAUGGUGUAUCCGUUCGUCCUAAUACACCCUGGGAAGAAAAAUCACCUGCAGUAAAUCCUAUCCUGGUCGCUGGCAAGGUGGAAACUGCUCAGUUUGAACAGUUUGUUGAAAAUAUGGAGAUCAAUGAAACUAAUGAAGUGACAGGCAAUAUUAACGAAGUUAUCAAUACUCCGUUAGAAGUAUCAAUCGGAGAUUUAUCAGACAAUCAAAUGAUCAAAAAUCCAGUGGCAGCGGAUAUUCCUAAUCUGGAAAUUGUGAACACGAUGAGCGACAAUAAGAUUGCGAACCCAGUACAACAAGAUCUGUGAAAUACCUGGGAGUUAUUACUUGAGGAGGGUUUGUAAAUAAAACAAGAUGUAAUUGUUUUGAUUUUUGUGAUUUUAAUUGUAAAUAUGAACUUACAAUGUAAGGGGGGUAAACAAACAAAAUCAUAAACAGCAUUUCUGAUCUGAAAACAAUUUGAAUAACCGGUAAAGCCAAACAAAAAAAAUAUCUGAUUUAGGGGGUGCAGGGGUUGUGUACUGGAUAAAUGAGCCUAUGGAUUCAUUCAAAUAGUAUAUGGAUUUACUUCCUGUAACCAGGAUAGAAUAUAUUCUCAUUUUUUGAAAUAAAGACAGAACAUGCAGCCCUUUUGAAGUGACUCAGGAUUAUCUGAGAAACGGUAUAUUUUUUUUUAUAUGGCCUGUCAUGAUUUUCUCCAAAUGUAAUUGUUUAGUCUUUAGGAGGCAUACCACCAAUUCAUUUCCCCACCUCAUUACCCAGAAAUAUAGUUCCUUUAAUGGUCAACUUAAUACAAGCUCCGUCUGUGGUGGAGAAUGUUCAGCAUAGUGGAAAUCAAGGUGGCAAUGUUGGAAGCCGAGGGGGGAGGGGGCAAAAAUUAAAAUUAAAGUCAGUGGGGAAGUUAAUAUUGGUCUGAAUCCAUUAUAGAAGAAUUAUCUCCCUUUAGGUUUGUCGAGUCGUCCAUGUACUUAAAAUUCCAACUCCUAAUCAGCCUUUAUGGUGAAUUGAUACAUGUUAUCUUAUAUAAAAAUAAAAGUACCAUGUAUUAUUUCAACAAGAAUUUUAGUUACAUUGUAAAAUUUGUUAAGGAUUUAUUUAGUUAUCGAAUGACAAAACGAAGUGGAAACUUGUCUACUUUUAUUUUCAAUUGUAUCACAGAGGCCAUUUGAUCAAGAUGUAAUUUUAUAUGUGGGAUAUUUUUAACUGGAUGUAAAGUUGUAUGUAUCAUGAUUACAAUCAUAUAAUUUAAUGGAGUGUAUAUCUAAUUAGGUUGAUUAUUCACUACUUCAUUCUACUUGUAUCUCAUAUAUAACUUUCUAUUUUAGUACAUGUAUUUAGAGGUAUACAGUCCAUUAAACUUUCACUUUACAAUAUCGCUAGGGUUAGUGCUAAACGAUAAGGCCAGCUCAAUUUUUCGUCAUACAUGUAUGUCAAAAGCUGUAAAUGGCUAGUGCUAAUCCCAACCUGAACCCUAACCCUGUACCUAGCCCCAAUGCUUACCCUAACCUACAAUCUCGCCAACAAUCACCUGCCCCAACUUUUUUUAAAACUUAAGGACCUUGACAAAAAUUGAGCUGGCCUUAACAAUUAGAUUUAGCCAUAUCGCUAAACUGCCUGCUUUUCCACUCCCUUCAAGGUUUCAAAUUUGGUACAUGAACCAGGAUUUGAAGUUUAUUAAGUAUUAAUAGAUUGUAGGGUGGGGUGUCAUCCAAUCCUUUUAUAAAAGUAUUUUUAGAAAUUUUGGGAUAGCUUUUAUCAUUCAAUAAGCCUCGACUUCAAGGGUUCAUAGUUCAUACAUUAAUAUCUAGAUUGUAGUGUGGGCUGUCAUCCAAUUUAUUUUAUAAAAGUAUUUUAAGAAAUUUUGGGAUGUCUUUUAUUAUUCAAUAUCCCUUGACUUCAAGGCUUCAUACAUGGUACAUGAACCAUGAUAUUCAAAUCAUUUUUUAUAUACCAAAGCUCUCGUUUUCAAUCAUAUUCGCCUGUCGUGACUCACUGACAUUGGGAUUAACCAUUUUGGGAACUUCAGUCCUAGUGAAUUUACAUGAUAACAUGCCAUGCAAAAAGAAUUUAAUCUGAAACACUAUAAAUACAGUUCAAUUCCUAAUUUUCAUAUGUAAAAAAAUGUAUAUAACAAAUGAUGUAAUGUUAUGAUACAGGCUUUCUAACUGAUAUUACUAAAUAUUAUACAGGUCCUAUACUGUUAUAAUGCUAUGAUACAGGCUUUAUGACUGAUAUGAUAUUGCUAAAUAUUAUAAAUGCCCUAUAUCUAAUAAUGAUUUAAUAAUAUUGUUGAUAAUAUUUAUCAACUAGAAAUAUGAUUACAAUGCUGGAUAGUUGUAUUAUUGAGAUAUCAUGUAUUAUUGUUAUUUUACAAAUUAUUACAUAUUUUUAUUAUUUAUUAUCCGAGAAAUGAUUUAUUAAAGCAUUUAUUAUUAAUCUCUAAUUCAGCGAUAGAUUUAAUUUAUAAUUGCUUCAUUCAUAAGUAAAAUAUUUGUCUAUUUUUGUAAUUAUGAAUCAAACUAUAAUUUCACCAUAAGGCAAUACCAAUUUGAACUUCUGUUCUUCCGCAACUCCUGUUUAAAUAUGGCUUCUUAUUUCUUAAAGGAAAAAGAUUAACUUAAAAAUCCAAAGUACUUGGAUGCACUGUUCAAUAGCUUUUGGGUGUUGGAUGGCCGAAUGAUUAGCGUGUGAAUGUUGUAUCAUUAGGUCUAUCAUUGAGUCAACCGGCAUGGUUUCGAUUCCCCGGUUGUACGUGACACGGAGUAGGGUUGCCUAUCCAACCUCACGGGCUUUCUCCGGGUCCUCCGAUUUCCACCCACUGCUAAAGACCCCUACAUGCAUGUGAAUUAUUGAAAUAAAAUUGAACCAUACUUUACUCCCAAAAUGACCUAAUUUGUGUCGAGUUGACAUUAAACCCUAUUUCUCUCUAUUUAUUAUCAAGACCCUGAAGAACUGAAGAUUAAAUUGGUUUGGCCUAAGAUAUACAAAUGACGAGACUUGUUACCAACAAGUUUUAUAUCUUCACCUUUCUUAAUGUUGUAUAUUAUAUGUGUUUUGUUAUACAUGAUAAUAUCUAAUAGUGUAAACAAAUUCAGUUUCACUAAGCAUUAGUUAUUAGUCGUGUUAGUCUUAUUAUUGUCUUAAAACACUUGUAAAAUGGCCACAACUUCAUGAAAAAUCAAAGAAGAGCCCAUAUAUGUUAUUCAUAUUAAGAAGAGAAACAAAUCACUCAACUGAAAGACAAGUUUUAUUCCAAUUUGAUAAUACAUGUACUGUUGUUGGAGUGAUCAAUAUUUUGUUAGAUUUGAGAGGUAGUAUCACUGGAUAUAUUGUUUAUUUGUUUGAUGUCAGUGGAAAUUGUUCUUUAGCUGUUAUACAUAUAUUUGCACAUACUUGGGCCACACACCUUUUUAUACGUCCACAUUCAUAAUGUGAACGUAUUAUGCCGUCGCCCCUGUCUGUGUGUGUGUGUGUGUGUAUGUAUGUAUGUGUGUGUGUGUGUGUGUGUGUCUGUGGUUCGCCUACAGGGCGCAAUUCUUCAUGGAUUUUCUUCAAACUUGGUAUACUUAUUCCUUAUACCCCAAGGAAGAUCCCUAUUGUUUUUGGUGCAUGCCCGACCCCCAGGGGCAGAGCCACGCCCAUUUCUUGUAUUUGUUUGUUUGUCGUCUACAGGCCACAUUUCUUAACACAUUUCUUACUUAUUCUUUGUACCCUAAGGAACAUCCCUAUCGUUUGGGGUGCAUGCCCAACCCCCAGGGGCAGAGCCACGCCCAUUUUUUUUUUGUGUGUCUGUGUGUCGCCUACAGGCCACAAUUCUUAAGUUAUCAUCUUGAAUCUUUACAUACUUAUUCCUUAUACCCUAAGGAUGAUCCCUAUUGUUUUUGGUGCAUGCCCGAUCCCCAGGGGCAGAGCCACGCCCAUUUCUUGUAUUUGUUUGUUUGUCGUCUACAGGCCGCAUUUCUUAACGCAUCAUAUUGAAACUUUGCAUACUUUUUCUUUGUACCCUAAGGAACACCCCUAUCGUUUGGGGUGCAUGCCCAACCCCCAGGGGCAGAGCCACGCCCAUUUUCUCUUUGUGUGUCUGUGUGUCGCCUACAGGCCACAAUUCUUAAUCGACCGUCUUGAAAAAAUUUCAUAUGAAUUCCUUAUACCCUAAGGAUGAUCCCUAUUGUUCUUGGUGCAUGUCCGACCCCCAGUGGCAGAGCCACGCCCAUUUCUUAUAUUCAUUGUUUGUUAUCUACAGACCGCAUUUCGUAACGUAUCACCUUGAAACUUUGCAUGCUUACUCCUUCUAUCCUAAGGAACAUCCCUAUUGUUUGUGGUGAAUGCCCAGCCCCCAGGGACAGAGCCACACCCAUUUUCUUUUUGUGUGUCUGUAUGUCACCUACAGCCUGCAAUGCUUAAUCGAUCAUCUUGAAAACUUUUUUAUACUUAUACAUUAUACCCCAAGGCUGACCUCUAUUUUUUUGGUGAUUGCCCAACCCCCAGGGGCAGAGCCACACCCAUUUUUUCUUUGUGUCUCUGUGAGUUGCCUACAGGCCACGAUUCCUAAUGGAUUGUCUUUGAACUUGGGAUAUGUUUUCCUUAUAGCCUAAGGACGACAACUGCAUGUCACGACCCCCAGGGGCAGUCAUGCCCAAUUUUUAUGUUUAUCGUUUACAGGCCCGAAUUCUGGAUGGAUCAACUUGGUAUUUGGCAUAUGUAUUCCUUAUAGCCUAAGGGCAUCAACUAUUGAUUUUGGUGAAUGCCCCAACGCCCAGGGGCAGAGCAACGCCCAAUUUUUGCCUUUAACGCCCAAAGGCCACAAUUCUGAAUGGAUUAUUUUGGAACUUGGUGUACUUAUUCCUUAUACCCUAAGGACGGCAACUAGUGAUGUUGCCAUUUCAAUAACAGGAUGGUACCUGUUUAUAUUGUUUCCAUAUCCAACCCCCAUGGGCAGAGCCACGCCCAGUUUUUGUAUUUAUCGUCUACAGGCUGCAAUUCUGAAUCAUCUUGGAACUUUGCAUAUUUAUUCCUUAUACCAUAAAGACAGCAACAAUUUAUUUUGAUACUUGCCCGGACCUCUUGGGGCAGUGUCACACCCACUUUACUGUUAGUAUUUUGUCUGUAAAUUUGGCAAAACAAACCCGACGCCUAGCCUUCUUUGCCUCUGAUCAUAUUACAGCCAUUUCAUAUUUCAUUUUCUUCAUUUUAAAAAGUACCAUAUCAAUCAAAGCUGGAAUGUGGACGUAUAUUGCAGCGUUAGCGAUGCUCUUGUUUAUUUCCUCUUCUUCCAGAACACCUGUAACAAAAAUACCUUGUUAUUUCUUCAGGUAAAAGACUAAUUAAUAACCAAAAGUACUUGAUAAUACUGUUCAAAAGCUUUCAGUUCCAAAUUUUUAAGUUUUGAAAUUCCCCCCAAAAAACAUCUCUCGCGUGGGUGGCUAUGUAUUUAUCAAGUAACUGAAAAUGAAAUUGGUCUGGCCUUUUACUACCUGUUGUACCUGUAUUGUAGCAUGCUACCUGUAGUGGAGUGAUGCUGAUUACAGGUGCCUGUCUUCACUAUUAUAUAUUGUUGUUGUUUUAGUAAGCCAUUGUAUAUAUUCACUGUUGGUUUCUUGUUUCUGAUGUAUAAAUUACAUUUGGAAUAAAAUUAACUAUUUUUGAGAUA